AUGGCCACUGUCUCCACCAAGACCGCAACCCCCGUCAUGCCUCCCUCCUUCUCCAUGUCGCAGGACAUCUCCCGCGCUAUCAUGACAGCCUCAGUCCAGAAGGCAGAAAAGACCCGCUCAACCCUCAUCGACGGCAUGCCUCCCGCCCCUCCCCCAUCGCCCGUCAGCUUCGCCAAGAAGGGUUCCUACGAUCACAUCCCCAGUCUGAACCUGGAGUAA